CAAAUGGAUUAUUGAUAAUCUAAAGAAUUGAUAUUGACAAUUUAGUGUUAACCUUAAGCAAACUUCUCAAUGCAUUUGUAUGAAGUAUGCAAAAGAUUUAAUCAGCUAUAUAUAAUAUGAGGACAUGUUUAAUUUUUUAACAUCCAAAAAUUCUAAAUAUAGCAAAGUCAUCUCAGGCAAUUCAUGUCCUCUCUAAAAUUAAAAACCUUUUAAAGAAAAACAAAGUGAAACUUCAAUUAUUACGCUAUUACUCAAGUGGACCGAUGUUGGUUGAGCCAUUUGUCUCACAGACUAAAAUUUGUGAUGAGGUUAUAAUUAUAAUAUUUUACUAGCGAAUGUACAAUUUCCACAGUAUUUUCUUCAAUGAUAAAAUGUGUAAUACCUUUGCGAACUCAUCUUUACAGCUACCGAAAGGUCAUAAUCAAAUGGAUAAUAAUUUUAUAAGCAAUUUAAGAUAUUUUUAAUAAUUUCUUAUUCCACUUGUAUAUAUCCUUUAUAUUUGUUGCUGCUUUUAUUAUAGAUAUUGA